AUGUCGCAACCGAGGAAAUGUACGACUCGCGGGCGGAACGCGGCAACAGAGGACCCCGAAACAGUUAACUUCCCGACAUCAGAAGUGGGAUCGCCUCAGCCCCAAGCCAUCACUGAUGAUCGCCUGUCCACAAUUUUGGAAAUGCAGCAUCGUAAUCUAUUGGAAAUUGUGAAUGCCGUGAGGGGCUCGCAGACUACACAAGUAGUUGUACUACCCAAGUUCAACCCCGAGUCCGCCGGUUCAAGUGCAGCCACUUGGUGCUCUACAGUGGACCUUAUUGUAGGAGAAAAUCCUCUGGAUGGCAGUGCUUUGCUCAUGGCCUUAACCAAAUCAUUGGAGGGCAGUGCUUCUAAUUGGCUGUCACAAAUUUGUUUCGCCGGAAUGACUUGGAGCCAAUUCCAAGAAAUGUUCCUUCAGCAGUAUGAAGGCAAUGAGACGCCAGCAGCAACAGUCUUUAAUGUAUUAAACGGGCGGCCAAACGACGGCGAAUGUCUUGCGCUGUAUGGUAGCCGAUUAAUAACAACACUUAUGGCAAAAUGGAAGUCUAUGACCGCAGAAGAAAUUGCAGUGUCUGUUGCCCUGGCACAUGCUGCAAAUAUAGAUGGUAGGCUGCAACGCACUGUGUUCACAACUACUGUCAAAACACGCAACGAGUUGCAGAACGAGCUAAGAGCGUUUUCGUAUGGCAAGAGGAAGGACCAUCCCGUUCCAGAAAAUUCUACCAGCAAAAGAGCUCGCCUACACCCAAAUGUUAAGUGCCACUUUUGUGGAAAAAUUGGCCACAAGAUAGCUGACUGCCGCUCCGUGAAAAACAACUUAAAGAAUCAACAAGGAUCUAGUUCGAGUAUUGGGCGCUUAUCUGACUCUAAACCUGGGUCAAUUACUUGCUAUAGAUGUGGAAACCAGGGGCAUAUAGCGUCAGCUUGCCCUGCAAGACAAUCGUUGUCAAACCAAACUAAAGCCGACGAGAAGCGUGUCAACGUGUGUCACGUAGUCGAGCCAAUUGGGACAUUGAUAUCAUCGGAUUAAGCUUGUUUAAUUUUGA